AUUUUGACUUUUGAUUGACCGCAGCCUUUAAAUUCAAUUAAUUUGUUUUUUGGAAGGGUGCCAGUCAUCCGUGCGCCGCGGAUCGCGGGACCCACUUACUUAUUUUUUUGUCUUUUCUUUUUCCAGUAAACUAGCACACUUGUACAUUUUGAAACAAAUGUUGUACGUCAAUUGGAUGAUUUGAAUAUUUGGUCUGGCAGUCAUUAUUUCUCUUUAAAUGCUAACGGCCAACCAUUUUCUUUAUUGCCAGAACCGAUACCUGCAUCAAAACAUUGUGCGUUUCGGAGCAAAGGUUGUACCCGGUUUGGUAACUGUGAAUAUUCUCCUGGAAUUAGUAAAAAAUGAAAUACAUGGCAACUUGACCCUAUGGUGGCAGAGCUCUGCCCAUCACUUUUAUCUCUCUCUCUUCCCCUUCUCUCUCUAGAAACAUUGCUCUCCUGUAAUCUCGCAACCGAAAAGGAGCGCUGUGAAAAACGCCAACAUAAUUUCAGGCUACACGGAGUAUCGGAUUGACAAGAAACACUGGAGUUGACAUUUGUGCGCUUGAGCUGUUUCGAAUGAUAAAUUAAUCAGCCGAAAUUAUAUUCGUCUUGUCAGCAAACUUGAAAAAUGUCCAAUGGAGACGUAAGAAAAGUCUCCCUGCAGGAUAUACAGUUGGUUCAAAAUCUUAUAGAAAGGUGUCUUCAGCUUUACAUGAGUCAGAGGGAAGUCGUGACUACCCUGUUACAACACGCAAAAAUCGAGCCUGGUUUCACUGAACUUGUGUGGCAAAAACUUGAAACAGAAAAUCAGGAUUUUUUCAAAGCAUAUCAUCUGAGGCUGAUAGUGAAGGACCAGAUAUUGCGAUUCAAUCAAUUGCUCGAGAGACAGGUUGAGCUGAUGCACCAAAUAGGCCAGACCGGAGCUGUUACCAUUCCUCUGUCUAAUGGAUCUCACAUUCAUUCAAUGGACCACACCUCACCUUACCAGACUCCACAAUCUAUAAAGCCAGAAAACAUCCACCAAACAAUCAAUUCUAUCCCCAAUGUUUACACUAAUGGUACAUCCUCCAUGCAACAACAAUGCAUGCAAGUUGCAGUCAAUAUGGCAGGCCAUGCUGGAAGGAUCGACAUGUCAGCGAAUAAUAAUAUGCUAUUUGCUCAGAGCUCGAAUUCUGGGAUGAUGCAUGGAUUGAAUGGGGGCCAGAUAAAAACGGAAUGUGGCUAUGUAGGCGAUUCCCCCCUUAUGUUUGGUUCAGACAGCAAUCUUCUAGAACCUCGUAACGCAAUUGGAGAAGUAUCGAACUCUCCUUUUAACGGUGGAGAAUCCAGCUCGGAGGCAUUAAACGAGGCUAUGUUGGAUCCAGAGACAAACUCGUUCGGAUUUUUGGGACAGAUUUCAAGAAACUUUAGUUUGUCAGACUUGACAGCUGAUUUUUCUAAUAGUACCGAUAUACUGGAGAGCUACUCUAGGUCUCCAUUCAUGGGAACGGAUACAAACUUCCUGGACCCACAAAUUAGGGGUGAACAACAAGAUAUUAGGAGGUUGGACACUAUAUCGGAAGGGUUUAGUUAUGAAGAUUUUGGCAGUGAUUGAAGGAAUUGAUUAAAUGGGUCAACUGUUUCUUCGUAAAUAGUUUAUAGAUUGGAGACGGUUCUUAGUAUCAAACAAAUUGAAGGGUAUCUAUCAUUCAUGUGUUCUGAGGUAAUAAUUUAGGCAUGAUUAAUGGCAUUCAUAGGAUUUAUGUUAGAUAAGUUUACAUGUUUAAGCCUUGUCUGUAGACUGUAUGUGUUGAUUUAUUUUCCUAAAUUUAUGUAAAACACAUCUAGUUGUAAUUAGUAAUUACUAUAUUGCAAAAUUGCCACAUAGAAAAGGUGGUGGAAUAAAAA